CCCAGCUUCCACGGGUUGCGUCUUGCAAGCGGUCCGCAGCAGCAGCAGCAGCAACAGCAGCAACAUCAACAUGGAACAGCGGUGGAUUUGCUAUUUGGCGCAACUGAUUACACUACUGCUUCUACCCGCGUACGGUCCACAGUUCGCUCACAGCACCUCCUCUGCCCGUGGACACACCCUUUGGUCGGAUGGACCAGCGACGGCCGGAACGAGCGUGGAAAAGUGUUCCUCCAGCGGUAAUCUCAAGUAUCUUUCCGGAGACGCGCUCACAGACAGCCCCAACUGUCUCGGACCUAACAAUGCCCCGUACCCGGCGAACCUGGUGGCACGAACGUUUUCCAACUGGACGCCUGGGGGUUCGUCGCGUCGCGGCCGUAUGAGUCAGCUGCCGACGCUAGAUCCCAAGCUGACGCAACGUGCCCUGCUGCAGGCCUACGGUGAUGCAAAUGAAGCCACCUCACUCGAAAGCGCUCGCACGCGAUACAGUCGCUCGCUGGACAGUAGCCAAUGCCGGGAUACGCCGUCACGCCUUUGCAAAACUCGCUACAACACCACGGCACCCAUGUACGGCGUCAGCUUAACUUCCGGCCAGCCGGUCACGAUCGUGCAGAAGUUCCCCGAUCUGCUGCAGCAGGUCGUCUUCGAGGUGUGCGAAUCUUCCGAGUGUGAUGUCGUGCGGGGCGAAUGCACACAAACCUACGUUCCGUACCUGUUCCUGGUGAUCCCGCUCGGUCCGGUAACGCUCACCGGACAGGAUUAUGUGCUGGUGGAGAGUGGCUGCGUCUGCAAACCGAAGUACGCGACCGAAAAACCGCGCGAGACCGGUGGCAACUUUAUCCCUUAAAGCUCGCCGAUCGUAACGGAGACGAUCACGAUGGGUGUCAAGAAGGAUGUGCUUGAUGCUGGUAGUGGAAGGCGUGCAAUUUGAACGAACAAAGCAAAUCCCGUUUGCCGGGAAGGCAUUUUGCGUAAUAGAGGAAAAAUGUGAUUUGAAACACGGAUGGUUGGAAGACGUUGGGUGCGGGCGGUUUGUAGGUGUGGUGAACUGGCUGUUCACACCGUGCGACACUAAAUAGGCAUUUGCGUUUAAAUUAUUCUACAAUUCGUUUCUCACCCGUCCCGAGCAUCUUAUUGUGUCCUUUAAUGCAGCGGAUAAGUAUCACAGCACAGAGUUGAUGCUAUGCUCCGGUACCGGAUGCCGGAUUGAAAGGGAUUGUGUACUAAGUGGACGCCAGACGGGCCAAACAGACCGAGGAACACAUCUUAGAAUCUAGAAACGGUUUAAUGUGAGUUAUCCGUAGUUCGUUCGGGCGACGACUA